AAAACGAAAUUGCCCUCAAUGUAAUGAGAAAUUGGAUACAUUGGCUACUUUACAAACCAAAUCUGCUAGUGAAAUUCACAAUAUAGCUCCCAAACCAAAAACCCUUAUAAUAAAGCCUCAUACAUAUACUCAUGAAAAAGAAAGUUUAUUUUUCGAACAUGUUAAUAUUACGCAAUGA